AUGGCUCUUGACAUGAAUUUUCUUGUUUCUGUCUCCAUUUCUGCCCUUCUUGCUGUUGCUUUGGCCCUUGUUUUGACACACUGCAAGAGGUGUAAGAACAAGAGCAAGAAGAGGCUGCCGCCAGGGCAAAUGGGGCUGCCCUGGAUUGGCGAAACGAUAGAUUUCUGCAAAGCCCAGAAGAAGAACAGAUUAUAUGAAGAUUUCAUCCAAGCCCGGAUUCAGAAACAUGGCAAAACAUUCAAAACGCGGCUGAUGGGGUCCCCCACGGUGGUGGUGAAUGGGGCUGACGCCAAUAAGUUCUUCUUGUCGAAUGAGUUCAAGUUAGUAGUGAGCUCGUGGCCUUCUUCUUCGGUACAGCUGAUGGGCGAGAAUUCCAUCAUGGAGAAACAAGGGGAGGCCCAUCGCUGCCUUCGUGCUAUUGUUGCUACGAGCCUUAGCUCCGCCGGCAUGGAAAUUCUGGUGCCGAGAAUGUGCAGGACAAUCCAAAUGCACAUGGAAAAAUAUUGGAAUGGUGGGGAGAAAACUAUUAGCCUUUAUCGUCUAACGAAAGUUCUGACGUUUACCAUUGUCCUGGAAUGCUUGCUGGGAAUUGAGGUGAAACCUGGAUUGCUGGAAACAUUUGAGAGGGUGCUGGAAGGGGUAUUUGCAGCCCCUGUCAACUUUCCAGGUUCGAAAUUUUCCAGGGCAAAGAGUGCCAGAAACGAGAUUGCCAACAUGUUGGUUGAAAUCAUCAGGACAAAGAGAAACGACAUGGAAAAGCAACAAGAAAAAGGAGAGGAAGAAGGAAUUUUACUGUCCCGAUUAGUUGCAGCACUUAUUCGUGGUGAGAUCAGUGAGGUUGAGGUGGUAGACAACGUCGUUUUGCUCGUUUUUGCAGCCCACGACACGACAUCUUUCGCCAUUGCCAUGACGUUCAGGAUGUUGGCUCAUCAUCCGGACUGCUAUUCUACCCUUUUUAAAGAACACAACAACAUAAUGAGCAGCAAAAGCCCCGGAGAAACUCUCACAUAUGAAGAUACGAAGAAGAUGACAUAUACCUGGCAAGUUGCUCGCGAGAGCAUAAGAGUCUUCCCUCCCAUUUUCGGUUCUUUCAGAAAAGCAAUCGAGGAUAUCGAGUAUGACGGAUACAUAAUUCCAAAAGGCUGGAAGGUGUUAUGGACUGCAUAUGGAACACACUACAACCAAGAGUACUUUGAAGAUCCAUUGAGGUUCAAACCAAGUAGAUUUGAAGAACCCAUUCAGCCAUAUGCAUAUGUACCAUUUGGGGGAGGGCCAAGGCUUUGUGCAGGAUACCAACUGGCUAAGCUCAACAUCCUCAUAUUUUUACACUAUGUUGUGACUAGAUAUGAGUGGUCCUUAGCCUGUCCUGAUGAGCCUAUCACUAUGGAUCCCCUCCCAUUCCCUUCUCAAGGAAUGCCCAUUAGAGUUUCUCCCAAGUUUACAUAGUUUUGGGUCAAAUAUGUAACUCAUCAAAGCAAUCAU